AUGGCGAUGAUGAUGACUGGCCGUGUGCUGCUGGUGUGUGCCCUCUGCGUGCUGUGGUGCGGUGUUAGUGUGGUGGCUGUGCCGGCGGCCGAUGUUUCUGGCGGAGGUGAUGGCGGUGCGGAUGUUAGUGGACGUCAGCCGAAACCACCACAACUUGAGACGACACCGUCAAACAUCCAAGACCCAAAAAGACCAUCAGCAAAUGUUGAUGAGCCAAUGCUCGAAGUUGCCGCUACAUCUUUGGAGGGAACCGGUGGAGAUGAUGUUGAAGAUGGAGAUGGAGAAGAUGAAGAAGAAGGGCAAUUGGUACGAAAGGAUAAUGAAGGAAUUCGAGCACAAGAGCAACACGAUGAACACGAUAGACAAAAUGAUCAACAUGACGGGGAAAAGGAACGAAACGCCAAUGAUCCAAAAUCAGGAAAAGAAGGAAAAACGCCUGGAAAAGACCCAGCGAAAGAGACAGGCUUGCAGUCAACUCCCGAGGACGACUCACCGUCACAUUUACCGAAUGAUGCUCGAAGAGGCAAUACGCAGGAACCCCGAAAUGCGAGUCCGCCAGGAAAUGAUGAUCGCAAACAAGAUUCAUUAAAUGUGUCGCAGGAUGCACCAAUCAAAUUUACACCGGAUACAAUUUUGUCAUCCUCCUCUACAGGUGGCAACGGUGCUGACAACAGUCACGAAAACCAAAGGGAAGCGAAGAAUGCUCAACAGGCUUCCGCCGGAGUAAAACAACACGACGCGGAGUCUGGCGAAAAAUCUGCUGCUCCGACAAAAGGCGAGGGAGAAUCACAGUUGCCAGUCACAGCCGAUGAAAAAACGAGCAAUACGACCAUACCUGGUAUCAGCGUCAGCAGCUCUGCAGCAACUACGGCCGUGCGGUCUGAAACUAGCACAGAAAGCAGUCGGACAAUCAGUGAUUUGAGCCCAUCUUCCUCUGAGGACGAUGCACUACCCAAAAACACCCCCGAUGGUGAUGACGCAUCACACAUCACAGAAGAUGUGGUCUCUCCGAUUGCAGGAACCCCAAUACCACAACAAACCGCCGCUCAAACAAAUCAUACGCCUACGCCUGAUGACAGUGACAGCAGCACCGCGGCUCCUCCAGCGGGAGAGUCAGACGCUGCCACAACCACAACCCCGAACAAUCAUGAUGCGCGUAGCCUCAACAACAAUGGCAACAAUACAUUCACAGAAGAAGUGGAUCAGAAGGAAGCAACAAGAAAACCCAAAAGCGCACCAGAAAGCACUGACACUGCAGCAGCCAACAGUGAAGCAUCCACAACAGCCAUAAACAUUUCCACUAACACAACAAACAAAACAACCACCGGCGACAGCGACAGCAGCACCGCUGUCUCCCACACCACCUCCCCUCUUUUGCUUCUUCUUGUUGUUGCGUGUGCGGCUGCUGCUGCGGUGGUGGCCGCGUGA